AUGGGCGCGGCGGACCCGAGGGAGCAGUCACCACUGUGGCUGUGCUCCGGCGGCUGCGCAUCCAACUGGGCCAGCAGGCUCAAGUGCAGAGAGUGCGACAGGCGGUGCUCCACCAAGGUCGAGGACGCCGCCAGGAAGGCUCACAAGGAGGCGCUCAAGGGCGGGCCCAAGCCGGGCAUCCACCAGCAGCCCAGAGGCGCCUGGGCGCGGCAGAAGCUGGCCCCGUGGGAGCACGACAAGCUCCAGCGCCAGGACAGCGAGCUGGCCGCCCUUCGGCAUCAGGUCGAGGCGCUCAAGGCCGACAGCGCCAAGGCCAAGCUCACCGCCCUCAGGGACCUCAAAGAGGAGCUCCAGAAGCUGGGGGGAGGCGAGCAGGCCACGAGCUGCGUCGAGGCCGUGGAGGCCAAGUACUCCGAGCCGCCCAAGCCCAAGAGCCUGCCAGCCUUGGAGGGGCAGCGCAGGAAGCUCGAGGGCCAGCACCAGAAGGCAUUCGCCAAGGUUGCAGAGCUCGAGGACCAGCGUGUCAAGCUCGACCAGCGGAUCUGCGAGGCCAAAGACUCGGUCGCCGAGUUCAAGUGCAAGCUGCAGGCGGCGGACGCUGAGAUCGAGUCCCGCCAUGCCGCUGGAGUCCUCGGCGAUGGGCUCAGGGGCGUGGCUAAGGUCCUCGAGCAGUUCAAGGCUACGGCGGUGGGGAACCAGGCUGUGCUGCACGGCCUCAUCCAGUUGCAGGACGUCGUCAAGAAGGAGCAGGAGACCCUGGACGCAGCUGACGAUGCUGCACCUGGCGACGGCGCUGCUGCUGCUGACGGAGGCAGUGGGGAUCCCCACGAGGGUGUCCCUGGCAGUGCAGGGUCAGGGGGGGAGUCCGUCCCCGUCCCUGACGAGCUGGUCGACAGUCUCAUGGAGGACGCCCCAGAAGGCGAGAGCUACGAGCAGCGCCGCAAGCGCUUCAGCGACAUCAUCGGGGCCCAGCUCAAGCGGCCUCGAGGCUAUCGGGACUUCCUCGACUGGCUGGACGGCCUGCACAGUCUCGAGGAUGCAGGGCCGACGAGGCGGCCAGUUGCAGACAUCACCUUCGUUCAGGAGACGCGCGUGCGUGAAGGUGGCAGAGAGGCAGUCCAGCUUUGGCAUCGGAAGCGUGGCUUCGACGUCGACCUGGCCGCAGGGCUCAGCACGGGAGAUGGGCCUCAGUCCGUCCCAGGUGGGGUCGGCAUUGGUGUGCGGCAGCGGUUCGCGGCAGCCGCGCUCGACACCAAGUUCAGGCAGCCCCACCGCGUGCUCCGACGGGUGGUCAACAUUGGCGACGGGCUCGCCAUCGAUCUCGUGUCUGUCUACCUCCGCGACGGGGAGGGCAUGAGUGAGGCCAACGCAGACAUCCUAUGGGAAGUCGCGCCGCAGCUCAGGGUGGCGGUGCGGCCGUGGAUUCUAGCUGGCGGCUUCAACAUGGACCCCCUCCAGGUCGCGGCGCGGGCGGCGACGGCUGGAGGACUCGUGCUUCAUGCAGGGGCGCCUACCUGCAGGGCGGGGGCGCUCAACGAGCCCGACUGCGCGGUCAUCUCCGGCGUGCUCCAGCAGUUCGUGUUCAGCCACGGGCCUGUGGUCGAGGCCCCCAUCGGGCCGCGCAGCCCUGUUCUGUUGGAAGUACGAGGGCUGCACGCAGACGCCGCGGUGCAGCAGCUGCACCGCGCAGCGCGGCUGCCGUUCGAUCGGGCCAUCGGCUGUUUUCCCUGGGCCCCACUGCCUGCCUGGACUUGGGAGGAGGGCACGGCUCCCCCUAGCCCGCGGGCUGCCAUGCAGGAGUGGCUUCGGCACGCAGAGGGCUACCUUCUCCCACUCUACGACAUGCACGGGGACGAGGCUCAGAAGUUUGCUGGCAGGGCCGACGGAGUGCGCUUCGCCAACGUGUCGCUUGCCGACGCCAGCCGCCGCCGCUGGGCCCAGCUCAGCUCGCACGAGACCCGCGCCUGGGGUGGGCUGGUCAGCCUGCUGCAGCGCGCGGACCUGCUGGUGGCGCGAGGGAAGGACCUACAGGGCCUGGCCAGCCUGCGCGCUCGCCUGGCAGCGCUGCGGCUUGCCGACUACGACGGCAGCAUGGCCCCUGUGCCCAGGUGUGAGCUGGGCGCUGCAGCUACCUCCAGCGACGCGGCAUUGAGGAGGAGGCUCAUCGAGCACGCCAGGGCCCAGCAGCAGGCCAGCCAGCGCAGUGGCGCCGCCGCCGCCAGGAGGCAGUUGCAGGCCUGGGCCAAAGGCUCGGCCACAGGCGGGGGGAAGCUGGCCCAUCGCUUCUCCAAGCCUGAGCCGCUGGCCAAGGCGACCCUCGUCGCGGCGGACGUGGACGAGGGCGACGCGCUACCCGUCAACGGCGACGAGGCAGUGCAGCAUUGCCUCAAGGAGUGGCUCCCUCUCUGGCUGGACCCUCGGCGCCGAGGAGGCCUCGAGGAAGCCGCCAGCUGGGAGGCGCCCGAGCCGCUGCCGAGCCUCGAGGUGGACAGCCUCAGGUACCUGCUCAAGCGGUACGGGAGGUGGGCAGGCCUGGGGUGGGACCAGCUCCACCCGAGGCAACUGCUCCUCCUGGACGAGUCUUUCCUGGCCAGGCUCCUCGACGCGCUGGCCAGCUGGGAGGAUGCGCCCGAGGCCUACUUGGACUGGCUCUCUGUCAUCGUCUUCCGCGUCAAGGCUGACGGCGGCAGGAGGCCAAUUGCUCUCACCUGCCUUCAGCUUCGCCUCUGGUCGGCCAUGCGAGGGCCCAUCGUCAGGGAAUGGGAGGCGCAGCAUCACGAGGUCUGGUACAUUGGCGGGGAGCUCAACACGUGCGAGAGGGCUGGCUGGGUGCACCAGACCCUCACAGCCCUGGCCUAUGAGAAAGGCUGCUCCUGCGCGACGGGGAUAGCCAAGCUUCUCCUCUUCAUAUCUUUCAAGAAGGUUGCGGCCUUCUACCCCAGCGUGCGGCUGGGCAGCGUCGUCGACGACUUCGCGCUCCAGACUGUGGGCACCACGGGCAUGGUGAAGGCAGUGCUGGGACCCGCCACGCGCAUGCUGCUGAGCUGCUUUGACGAGAAGCGGGUGCCCGUCCACUUCGGGAAGCUAUGCUACCUCACACCUGACGCGGAGGUGGCGAAGCAGCUGGAGUCGGAGUGGCCCGCCGAGGACGGCAGGGCGCAGCGUGGCAGGCUGCUAGGCAACGACGUGCACGACGGGCGCUGGAGGCGCACCGCCAUCGGGGCGCGGCGCGUCGAGGAUGCACUGGCAAGGUCCCGGAGGCUGCAGAUCCUGAGGGCGGCUGGGGCCAAGGUCGCCACGGUGCAGAGGGGCGGCCCCGCGGCAGCCGCUACCUGGGGCUCGGCCACGACUGGCGCAUCUGUCGGCCUGCGGCUGAGGUGCUACCCCAAAGGCAUCGAGAGGGACCCAGCGGUGGUGAACGCUGGCCAGGUCGUGCUGCAGUUCGGCAUGGCGCUCUGGCUGGGCUACCCCACUCCGUUCGCCCUCAAUGCGCUGCUGGAGAAGGCCAAGCAGCGGUUCGCGACGGCGAAGCGGCCAUGGGCAACCUGCAGAGACCCAGUGGCAGCCUUUUUCCUCACCAUCAGCAGGCUUGGCUGGUCCAUCGAGGGCGGCAGGCACGUCGCCACUGACCAGGGGUUGGAGGUCGACCUUGCCAGGGUCUCGCCAUACUUCAGCAAGGAGCUGGCAGAGGGAGCGGCCAAGAGGUUGUCCGACCGCGACGCCACCUUCAGGCUCUACCCCCACCAGAGCUCGGAUCUGUACUGGGGCUCGCUGCAGCGGCUGAGCAGGACAAAGGAGUCGCUCGGCUGGCAGCAACACCAGCGAGCGGCCCUCCACUCGGUCAUCUCAGGCACGGUGCUCUCCCAGACGCGGCUCUACAAGAGGAGCAUGGCCUCCGAGUGGGACUGCCUCAUGUGCAGGGGCGCUCCUGGCACGCUCUGGCACAGGCUGUACGGCUGCGACGGUCACGCGGCCUUUCGCAAGGAUGAGGCCUCGCCCGAGCUCCUUCGGCGCGCAGAGGUGGCUCGGGCUGCAAGAGGCAACUGCGGCGAGAUGUUCGGCAGGUGCCUCUUCCCGUCGCUCGACCACGUGAUCCUGAGGCGAGACCCUAACGGAUAUCCAGUACGCUGGUAUCGGCGCCCAGCCUCGGGGUACCUCACUGGCCUCAUUUUCACGGACGGUAGCGCGGUCGGCACGCGGUGGCCUGAUCUGCAGCGCGCUGGCUGGUCGCUCGCGCAGUGCGACAGGCAUGGGCGCCUGGUUGCUGCAGCAUGGGGAUGGGUGCCCCUCGCCAUGGCGCCGCGGCAGGAGGCGCGGGAUGGCGAGGACUACGCGUACCACAUGGCGGCUUUCCUCUUUUUCGGCCACGUCGACUUCCAGACGGACUGUGCAGGGACAGUGGCCUGCGCCCAGAGGGGAGCUGCAUGGGCAUGCCGCCCAGGGUCGCCGAGGGCCCACAUGUGGAAUGCGUUCUACGCCUCCUUCGACGGCUCACGCAGCUACACGGUCACCAAGGUGCUGGCCCACGCCACCGCCGCCGACGUGGAGGCGGACCGCGCGACCUGGUGGCAGCGGGCAGGCAACAGGCUCGCCGACGAGGCAGCGAAGGUGGGCGCGAAGCUGGCGCUGACAGACGACCAGCUGGACCUAGCCUACGGCCUCGACCUCAUCGCAAGGCAGGCGAUGAUCUUCACGGGUAAGCUCCACGCGCGGAUGGCGGCUCGGAAGCUGCUCGAUCACGCCAGUGACAUCAUCCUGGAGUUCUCGGAGCCUGAGGCGGGCUACGAGGAGCCUGAGGCCAGCGGGGGCCACGCUGCCGAGGCCUCGGGGCUGCUGGCGCGGCGGCGGUGGCACUGGCUGCUGCGCGGGCCUCGGCGGAGGGCGACGAGCCCCCUGCAGCUCGACGACCUCGGCAGCCUUGCCGUCACGGGGCCUGGCGCGGACGGCACCACCAUGGUCCACUGCGUGAAGUGCUACGCCUACGCCCACCAGCGCAUGCAGGGCAUCCUGGGGCCGUGCGGCACGGGGGCAGGACGUGAGCCGCAGAUCGAUAGGAUUCGCAGAGGGCUUUUCCCUAACGUAAAGGGAGGCCGUGGGGCCUGGCGCCUCGGGGAGCAGCUUUUUCCCUCCGAGGCCUGGCGCGCGAAAUUCAGCCAGAGGCUUUCGCCCUCCGCCGCCCCCGAGGCCAGCAGGGCCACGGGUGGCGGGCAGCGGGGCACUGCUCAGCGCCUGACCCGCUCGCGAGCGCUGUUGCGUUUUAGAGUCGGGCCCGAGCAGGAGGCCGACUUCCCUUCCUGGUCGGCCAGGCAGCGAGCUGCUCGGAGGUCCAAGGGAGACCCCGACGAGCUCGAGGGGGAGGCCUCCGACUAA